AUGCAGCAGAUUGUUCAAUACACAGUGUUGGCCUUGAUUGUCCUGGGUCUCUGUUUGCUGGUCGUCUUGAGUCCGAUGAUGUUCGCCAAGAAAACGGACACAACCUACUUGCAGGGUAGUUACCACGGAACGGGUACGGGAAGAGAUGAUCAUCACAACUCACCCUCCGAGCAUACUCGACCCAUGUGCCAAGACAGCACCUUCUUCCGCGCCGAGUUCGAUGGAGAAAAGAGAAGCUGUGCCUGGGUGUCUCAUAAGCCUAUCGAACGUUGCAAUGUCUUUGGAACCGAUAACCACGGAAACGAGGUUCCCGCCAAGGAAGCUUGCUUUGAAGCUUGUGACACUGGAAAUUGUCGUCGUCGAAAGUAG